GGCAGACCUUUCAUCGACUGGAUGAGGCGGGGGAGGGAGGGGCGGACUCACGUGGUGGUCACUGACCUAACGACUCUGCCGUACUACAAGUAAGUGGGGGGGGGGUUGGGGGGGGCGGCGGCGGGGCCUCUCUGUCAACCAGGUCGUUUGCCUUGGUGGCGCCCCUGACAGCCAUGAGCCAAUGGUGUCGCUGGUGUAACAUUACAGGCAGCCACCGGAUGGUGGUGACUUGAGGGUGUUUCAUGAGGAAACCAAACCUUGAAACACGUUACGGCACAACGAGAACAACAACAACAAAAAACAAAACAAAAAAUAAUUUCAAUAAAGGCUGUUAAUAAACAGGGAUCCCUUACAAGAGACCCCGGCACCAACACAAUGUAGCCUCCACUGAAUAACUACACCCCCCCCCCCCACGAUGAACAGUUACAGUAUAAAGAUAUAAUAUACAUCGCCCUAUUUAUUGAUUUAUUUAAUACUGGGGCCUAAUAUGGGGCAUUCGAUAUACUGUUAACCCUAACCAAGAAUAUUAAAAUUAUUUUAUACUUUUAUAUUUAAGUGAAAUUUCAGCCAUGUUGCUGUUACUAACUACUAGGUCCUCUAGCUUUAUCCAAAGCGUGUUGGGGAGGGGGGGCGAGUGGGGAAACAACCAAAACCGGAAUUCACCUAACAACACGACGGGAAGAUAUGCGUUUGUCCAGCUUUUUGAAUUCCCGGACUAAACAUGGAGAACCGGUGUAUGACUUGGCCAAACAUUGUGUACAAGUCAACAGAGAACCGGUGAAUGACUUGGCCAAACAUUGUGUACAAGUCAACAGAGAACCGGUGUAUGACUUGGCCAAACAUUGUGUACAAGUCAACAGAGAACCGGUGUAUGACUUGGCCAAACAUUGUGUACAAGUCAACAGAGAACCGGUGAAUGACUUGGCCAAACAUUGUGUACAAGUCAACAGAGAACCGGUGAAUGACUUGGCCAAACAUUGUGUACAAGUCAACAGAGAACCGGUGAAUGACUUGGCCAAACAUUGUGUACAAGUCAACAGAGAACCGGUGAAUGACUUGGCCAAACAUUGUGUACAAGUCAACAGAGAACCGGUGAAUGACUUGGCCAAACAUUGUGUACAAGUCAACAGAGAACCGGGGAAUGAUUUGGCCAAACAUUGUGUACAAGUCAACAGAGAACCGGUGAUUGACUUGGCCACACAUUGUGUACAAGUCAAAAGAGUACCGGUGAAUGACUUGGCCAAACGUUGUGUGCAAGUCAACAGAGAACCGGUGAUUGACUUGGCCAAACGUUGUGUACAAGUCAACAGAAAACCGGUGAAUGACUUGGCCAAACAUUGUGUACAAGUCAACAUAGCACCACGUUCUUGCAUAAAGUCAGCAGCUUGAGUCAGGCAUACUUUGAUGUGCAAUUAGGCGUUGAUACAACAUUGGUGGGUCAGUAGAGCGCUGAAUUUCAUUAUCCAGAUGUCUGUCUCACUUAAACUGUUCGCUUUCAUUAAGACUAUGUCUUACAUUCCCCCCUCCCCCCCCCACACACACACACCCACCUCAAAUCGUUAAUUUUACAACGGCCAUAAAAAUGUAAUCCUAGUGUGUUGAGUUUGGAGUCCUGGUGUGUUGAGAUUGAAGUCCUGGUGUGUUGAGAUUGGAGUCCUAGUGUGUUCAGACUGGAGUCCUGGUGUGUUGAGAUUGGACUCAUGGUGUGUUGAGAUUGGAGUCCUGGUGUGUUCAGACUGGAGGCCUGAUGUGUUGACAUUGGAGUCCUGGUGUGUUGAGAUUGGAGUCCUGGUGUGUUGAGAUUGAAGUGCUGGUGUGUUGAGAUUGGAGUCCUGGUGUGUUGACAUUGGAGUCCUGGUGUGUUGAGAUUGGUGUCAUGGUGUGUUGACAUUGGAAUCCUGGUGUGUUGACAUUGGAGUCAUGGUGUGUUGAGAGUGAAGUCCGAUUUAAUGAGUUUGGAUUCAUAGAUUAAUUUACAACACUCACACCCUCACACCCUCACACAGACGUACUAACCAAAACGUUGUCGGAACAGCAAUGCAAGUUUUACAAACGACAUACAAACGACAUACAAACGACAUACAAACGACAUACAAACUACAUACAUACGACAUACACACGACAUACACACGACAUACACACGACAUACAAACGACAUAAAAACGACAUACAAACGACAUAAAAACGACAUACAAACGACAUACACACGACAUACACACGACAUACACACAACAUACAAACGACAUACACACGACAUACAGACGACAUAAAAACGACAUACACACGACAUACAUACGACAUACAUUCGAGUGAAUUAUUUUUUUUAACAAUUCUCCUUUUGGCUUUUUUUUAUAUUUAUGCACAUAUCAAUUAUUAAUGUAUUAAUAACUUAAUGAUGACGUCAUCCCCGUGGCCAGGUACAGAGACCGGAUGUCGGAGAUUAUGAACAGUGCUGAGUACAAACAAGACAACGAACUGGUGGACAAACAUUUGUGCGAGUCUUACGUCCCUGAGUACGACAUACUCCAGCUGUCUAAACUAUACUUUAUGAAUAGGUGAGUGGGACAUACCUCAUUUGUCUAAACUAUACUUUGUGAAUAGGUGAGUGUGACAUAAUUCAGCUGUCUAAACUAUACUUUAUGAACAGGUGAGUAGGGCAUACUUCAGCUGUCUAAACUAUACUUUAUGAAUAAGUGAUUAGGGCAUACUUCAGCUGUCUAAACUAUACUUUAUGAAUAGGUGAGUAGGACAUACUUCAGCUGUCUAAACUAUACUUUAUUAACUUGCUGAUUGUGACAUGCUUCAGCUGUCUAAACUAUUGUUUAUCAAUGAAAUAACUCAUUUAAAAAUGUAAAAUGAUUGUUUGAAUCAUCAUGAUUUCAACACACUAAUCCUAUGAUCAUUUUUUCUUCUCAGGGUCAUAGCUGAAAAUCCGUUUCACACAUCCUACUUUAUCUGGUUGGACGGUGGAUAUGGACACGGCCUUGACAUCUAUCCACCGGAUGGGGUCUGGAUACCCAAGGGACUCUUUGAGCAUUCCAACCAGGUGACCUUCUUAGAGAGGGAUCCGGGGGUCGAGCUGUUCAGGUCUGACCUUCACAGGCUCCACAAGAUGAGCAUCAACAUUGUGCCCGGGGGGUUCUUCGCGGGAGGCAUCGACGCCCUCGGGGCGCUGUACGAGAUGCAGAAACAACAACUGGAUGAGUGGAUGAAAAGUGGCGUCGUGGAUGAUGAUCAGACGAUGUACAUGCAGUUGUAUUACAAGAAGCCAUCUCUGUUUCAUUUGGUCCCCGCCGACUGGCAUGAUGCUUUUAAACUUUUCAAUGCACAUGAACCUGAUAGAUAGCGAACUAGACAAAGCGACUCACGCAGCAUAUGGUCAACCAUGAACACAACAUCCUAUUUGAUGUGGAUAAGUGAAUCGUAAAGAUGGUGGGCUUUGCGAUGGCAGCGAAUCGUGUUGAUAAUAAACGCUGUGCAGAAAGUGAACCAGACAUAUUAGUGAACUGUUUACAAAAAACUUAAAACCAGUAAAAUGGUGAACUAUGCACAGAAAGUAAACUAGACAAAUGGGGAUCUUGUUACAGAAAGUCACAAUGCCAAUAUAGCUUAUUGAAUGGACUGGACAGUCCAGUAAGGCGACUAUUCUUGGCGAGGAUCAAAGUUUGGGAUUUGCAGCAACAAAAAAGUCCCAUAACAGGUUGAGCGCUGACCACAGCAAAACGAGCCCUAUGAGGGCUCGCUGAUACUGGACCACCAGUUACUGAAAACACGUCACUACUCAAAAGUGGCUGCAAUCUGAUGUCCCGAUAAGCUGAGCAGCGCAAAUAAAUCUUAAAAGAUUAAGAAGAAAAAAAAUCUCUAGACGAUUAUAGUCCACAAUAUUGUGGUACAGACUCGUCCCGUCCUUUGGCAGCACUUGCUGAUGGCAGCAUUUAUUGAUGACAUACAUUUAUUGAUGGCAGCAUUUAUUGAUGACAUCAUUUGCUGAUUGCAGCAUUUGCAGAUGGCAGCAUUUGUUGAUGGUAUCAUUUGCUGAUGGCAUAUCUACGUCAGAAACAAGUCUUCUUCUUCUUUAUUACGAGGGCCCACGAAGGUGUUAAAAACAUGUCUACGUCAGAAACAUGUCUAUGUCAGAAAUGUAUCUACAUCAGAAACAUGGUCUUAACUUCAUAUUAGAUUAAAAAUCUGCAUGAUACAAUCGGCAGUCCAAUGCAUGAGUUAAGGUGACAACUUCAACGUAGGACAGACCAGAGACGACUCACUUUGAAAUGCAUGGUCAAUCAUGUCACGAAAACUUCUAAAUGGACCCGAUGACAACCGUCAAUGGAUUGUGCUCAAAAGCACCAAUAUUCGAAACAUAUCGGCACCCUUUGCCUUUAAUUUACAUGUGAACGAUAAGUACUCAGUACUUCAUGUAAAGUUACAGGAUAGGUACGCAGAAAACCCUACAUUUACAUGUACUUUAAAAGUAUUUAGAGAACCUCCAUUUAUAUGUAAUUAAAAGUACUCAGAGAACCGUCC